AUGUAUGUAUCCCCGUGCAAAACAAAUCGAACUGAAAAUCGCUCUAAUUCGAAUAUUCGUAAUGUGAAAAAUCGAACUGAUAUAAAUGAAACUAUAAUAUUGCUGCCCACCAAUCGACCGACAACCAGGAUUCAAACGGCCGCCGACAUGCGCUAUCUGCACGACCUGAAUGUCCAGAUAUCCCAGAACCGUCGAUCCGUCUCCGUUUCCAAGCAACUGGACAGGGAUCUGUGCAACCAGCACUUCGACACCUUCGAAACGUUCUGGGGAAGACCAGGACAUGGAGCCCGUGGCGACAAGAUCAACAAACUGAAACUGGACAAUCUGCUCUACGGCGCCAGCGAAUCGGCGUAAGGUCACGGAUACCUGAUACCUGGAUCACCUGUUGACUGGCUCGUAGUUUGUGUGCUUAAGUCAUCUGCUCAGAAAUCGAUCGAUGCCAAGCCCCAAAAGAUCCCAAUUAUAUUAUAUUACUGGAGAGGAACUUCUUUAGUACUCAUAAAACUAUUUUUCGUUCUUCCUUAAGCUACUUAAAGUUCGCUAUUCCAGUAAUAUUAACACCAGCCUAGAAACCAUUUGUACUGUCUCUGUGAAAACUUUGCCAACUUGCUUCUAGUAAGUUGACCAAAGUUUUGAAAAGGUCGUGGUUUUCAAAAUUAAGGGAAAAUUAGGAAAUAAAGUCAGGGCGGUGCAUUAAAAAAUGUCUUUGGUAGGAAAAUGUAGUUAGUUUAAUAA